AUGGAGCGUUAUUUGAAAUUGGAGAAGAUAGGGGAGGGUACGUAUGGUGUUGUAUAUAAGGCGCAAGACCCGUCGGGUGUAUUGUACGCAUUAAAGAAGAUCCGUUUAGAAAAUGAGAUUGGUGGAAUUCCAUCGACAGCAAUUAGAGAAAUAGCUUUACUCAAGGAGCUGCAGCAUCACCCUAAUAUUGUGAGGUUGCAUGAUGUGUUGCACACAGACCGAAGGUUAUUUCUGGUCUUUGAAUAUCUAGACCGAGACUUGAAGAAGUUGUUGGAUGUUUGUGAUGAUGGUUUAGACCCGUUGACAACCAAGUCAUUCCUUUAUCAGUUACUUCGAGGUGUGACCCAUUGCCAUGACCAUCGGAUUCUGCAUCGGGAUUUGAAGCCUCAGAAUUUGUUAAUAAAUCGAGAAGGUGCUCUCAAAAUCGCAGAUUUUGGUUUAGCCAGAGCCUUUGGUAUUCCUGUUCGCGCUUUCACUCAUGAAGUCGUCACCCUGUGGUACCGACCACCUGAAGUCUUACUCGGUAGCAGGCAGUAUACCACCAGUUUGGAUAUCUGGAGCAUUGGAUGCAUUUUUGCCGAAAUGGCAUCCGGUCGACCACUCUUCCCGGGCACUUCCGACUCAGAUCAACUACAGAGAAUAUUCCUACUCCUAGGCAACCCCGACCCUCAUUCAUGGCCAGGACUCAAUGACCUGCCAUCCUGGAAGACUGUAAAAAACGAACUUCCUACUGGACCCAAACAAUCCGUCAGGUCUCUCCUCUCCAGGCUAGACUCCGCAGGCAUCGACCUACUACUCAAAAUGCUCGAAUAUGAUCCCGAAAAACGGAUAUCUGCUCGGGACGCAAUGAGGCAUCAUUACUUCAGCACUUAG